AUCCACUUGCUCUUACAGACUUAUCCCGACAUCUCUGAUUUUAUGAGCAAACAAUCUCCAGAAGAACAUGCUUACAGAGAACCAAAACUUUAGCAUUUUAUUAUCUUCCAUCUUCAUCUUUUUGAAAUUGUUUCUUUUGCACUGCUAUGCUGUAACUUAUAAUAUAACUUCAUCCAAUCCAUUAUCACAAAAUGAAACCCUUAUCUCCCCUGCCCAAGUUUUUGAGUUAGGCUUCUUUCGUCCUGAUAAUUCCACUAAUCAGUAUGUUGGUAUAUGGUAUAAAAACAUUGCUCCUCGCACAAUUGUUUGGGUGGCCAACAGAGAGAAUCCAGUUAUUGAUUCAUUGGCAAGUCUAAAGAUUGGUAGUGAUGGAAAUCUGAAGCUUGUAGAUGGGAAUGAAGUAAUUCUCUGGUCAAACAACGUUUCUGUUCAAUCAAAUAGUUCAGUGGCUGUCCUUUUGGAUAAUGGGAACUUCGUUCUACAGGAUGGUUUAUCUGGACAGCAGUUAUGGAAAAGCUUUGAGCACCCAGUUAAUACUUUAUUACCUGGUGCAGGUAUCGGGUAUGAUCUUGAAACAGGUGAGAGACGUGUUUUAUCGUCCUGGAAAAGUAAUAGUGAUCCAUCACGUGGGGAUUUCGUCAUUGAAAUUGUACCGCGGUCACCACCACAAGCUUUUAUUUGGAAUGGAUCAGUGCCUUACUGGAGAAGCGGGGAGUGGAAUAAAAUACUGUUUAUUGGGCUACCAGGUAUGGUUUCAACAUAUUCAAGCGUAUUUAGCCUUGUACAGAAUAUUGAACAAGGAACCGGUUAUUUCUAUUUGAAUCUUAACACCACGGACAGGGUUGCAAAUAUGGUCAUUUCAUCCGAAGGAUAUCUAAAGAUGAUGAUUUGGGGAAGAGACACAGGCUGGUAUUCGAAAGCGACAGGACCAAAUAAUACAUGUGAAGUCUAUGGAACUUGUGGACCUUUUGGGAUCUGCAAAAUAUAUAAAUUUCCUGUUUGUAGCUGCCUUGAAGGAUUUAUACCGAAGUCAGAUGAGGAAUGGAACAAAAAUAAUUGGACAGGAGGGUGUGUUAGACGAACUGAAUUAAGUUGUUUGGCAUGGACAAGUCUGGAAGCAUCACAGGGUGAAGAAACAGAUAAGUUUUGGAAAAUGAAUGGAAUCAAGCUACCAGAUAAGUCCAAGUAUCAAGAAGUUAGUGAUGUGAAUGAAUGUGGACAGUGGUGCUUGAAUAACUGUACUUGCAAGGCUUAUGCAUAUGUAAUGGGCAUAGGGUGUCUGCUGUGGAGUGAAGACCUUAUAGAUAUGCAAGAGUUCUCCAGUGGUGGGGAAGAUCUUUUUAUUCGUCUUGCGUCAUCAGAAUUAGGGAAAAAAAACAGAGCCUUGGAAAACUUUGAUCCAGAUGCUAGAAGGGAAAGUCCUCGGGACAUUUUUCUGGAAUCAACGUUGAGAAGCAUUGUUAAAAAAGGUGAGCCACAGGAGCUACCUUUGUUUGAUUUUGAUAGCAUAGUAGUUGCUACCAACAACUUCAGCAUGGCUAAUAAACUUGGGCAAGGAGGAUAUGGGCCAGUUUAUAAGGGAAAGCUAUACGAUGGAACAGAUAUAGCAGUGAAGAGACUCUCUAGUAGCUCAGGACAAGGCAUAGAAGAGUUCAAGAAUGAAGUCGGGUUGAUUUCGAAACUACAACACAGAAAUCUUGUUAGGCUAGUUGGUUGCUGUGUUGAAGGAGAAGAAAGGAUACUCAUUUAUGAAUUCCUGGCCAACAAAAGCUUGGAUAAUUAUCUCUUUAGUAGUGAAUGCAUUUUAUUAGAUCCAACAAAAAGAGCAGAACUAUCUUGGGCAGAACGUUUCAACAUCAUCCAAGGGAUUGCUCGUGUGGGCCUUUAUCUCCAUCGCGAUUCUUGUUUAAGGGUUAUACACCGUGAUUUGAAGGUCGGCAACAUUCUAUUAGAUGACAAAAUGAACCCAAAAAUUUCAGAUUUUGGAUCGGCAAGGAUCUUCGAAGGGACACAAAAUCUGGCAAAGACACACAAGGUGGUUGGAACAUUUGGCUAUAUGUCUCCUGAGUAUGCAUUGGGAGGGAUAUUUUCUGAGAAAUCAGAUGUCUUUAGCUUUGGAGUUCUGCUAUUAGAGAUUGUUAGUGGCAAGAAGGGAAAGCUAUACGAUGGAACAGAUAUAGCAGUGAAGAGACUCUCUAGUAGCUCAAGACAAGGCAUAGAAGAGUUCAAGAAUGAAGUCGGGUUGAUUUCGAAACUACAACACAGAAAUCUUGUUAGGCUAGUUGGUUGCUGUGUUGAAGGAGAAGAAAGGAUACUCAUUUAUGAAUUCCUGGCCAACAAAAGCUUGGAUAAUUAUCUGUUUGAUCCAACAAAAAGAGCAGAACUAUCUUGGGCAGAACGUUUCAACAUCAUUCAAGGGAUUGCUCGUGGGCUCCUUUAUCUCCAUCGCGAUUCUUGUUUAAGGGUUAUACACCGUGAUUUGAAGGUCAGCAACAUUCUAUUAGAUGACAAAAUGAACCCAAAAAUUUCAGAUUUUGGAUUGGCAAGGAUCUUUGAAGGGACACAAUAUCUGGCAAAUACUCACAAGGUGGUUGGAACAUUUGGCUAUAUGUCUCCUGAGUAUGCAUUGGGAGGGAUAUUUUCUGAGAAAUCAGAUGUCUUUAGCUUUGGAGUUCUGCUAUUAGAGAUUGUUAGUGGCAAGAAGGUUACCAGGUUCCUCUAUGACAAUGAACAUCUAAGCCUUCUUUCCCAUGCAUGGCAACUAUGGAGUAAAGGCAAGGAGCUAGACUUAAUUGAUGAUGCAGUGGCUGACUCAUUUUCCUCAAUUGAAGUAAAGAGGUGCAUACAGGUUGCUCUUCUUUGUGUUCAGGACGAUGCUGAAAAUAGGCCAACCAUGGCAGCAGUGAUUUCCAUGCUAAGCAGUGAAACAGAGCUUCUGCAACCAAAAGAACCUAUUUUUACAUUCCAUAAUCCAUCAAAAUUUGAUCAACCCAGAGACAACAAUCCAUGCUCCAUAUGUGAGAUUACUCUGUCACUUGCUGAAGGCCGAUGACUUCUGAUUAGUGAAACCCCACUCUUUUAAUACUAUUAUUGUUAUUGUUAUUGACAAUCAGUUGUUAGAUUAAAAAAAAAAAUGUAAUUCCAAAAUAUAUGAAUUUUAAAAAUGUUGAAUUAGCCCGUUACUAUUGUAUUGCUGCUGGUGCUAGCACAAAUCAUCAUCAUUUGCAGAUUGUUACUGGAUUUAAUGGCCUUUGAGCUUGUACUACAUAAAUCCCAAUUGGUUGCUAUUGUAAAGUGAGAUGUGUAUAGCUUUGGCGUACUACUGGAGAUUGUGAGUGGUUAGAAGAACACUAGCUUUCAUUCAUCUGAUCACACCAGCCUGAUCGAUUAUGUAAUUCUGUAUGCAGUUUUUAUCUAGACUAGCCUACUCUCAAAUUAGAAACUGCACUUUUCUUACAAGCAACUAGAGCUGCAACACUAAUAAUGAAGUCUCAACUUGUUUCAGGCAUGGGAUCUUUGGAAUGAAAAUAAGCCAAUGGAGCUAAAUGAUCCUUCCAUUAGGGACAUGUAAUCCUAAUGAAGUUAUGAAAUGCUG